UGGCCGGAGAAGUGCAGUAUGGAAGAAAGGUUCAAGCUGCCCCAGCGGUAAGCCAGUUGGUUACAGCUACAUAUGGUUCCGCAAUCAUGAAACAGUAUGUCUCUUUAGUUCUCAUAAUGACCUUGAUUCAAUUUAGUGGAUGUGAUUUUCAUCAUCUAGGAUGGGAGAAGAAACUAUCUAGGUGGAAGAGGUACUUGAAUUUUCCGACUGGCAGUACCGCUGUGCUGCAAGUGGUCAUGUCGACGGGGUUGAUGUGGGAACUUACCAACAGUCCUCUCCCGAGGUGGAACACUGCAAUGGCGUGGGACCUUGGCUUUAAGCUGCCUAAUAACACCCGGAUGGCCUUCGGCAUGAGGAAUCGCAGAUAUUCCGGGAGCUGUGAAUUUGAUUACUUUCUCCACAGAAAAGAAAGGCGUGAGGUGUAUCGCAGUAUUGAGGCAAUACUGGACGUGUACGGUAUCGACGGUCAUAUCUGCAUGCUCAGAAUUCUUUGCGAGGCUAAGCACCAUCUGAGACCAGGAAGGUCGCUACUGGAAGAUAUCUUGCAUGUUAUGUUCACAAUCCCACACGGAGAGAGAGAUGAAUUUGAGGCAGAUGGCUAUGACAGACCUGCAAAAGAGAGCUUCUGUCAGACUCACGGAACAAGAUGUCCUUUAUCCUUACUCCAGUAUUUACUUUUGUAA